AUGUUCGACCGCGAGCCCAUCGCUAUUGUCGGGAGUGCGUGUCGCUUUGCCGGUGGUCUAGACAGUCCAUCCAAAUUCUGGAAGUUCCUCCAGCAGCCUGGAGACCUUCAGAGUACGGUUCUCAAGCAGCGUUUCAGCGCUGACAAGUUCUUCCACCCCGAUGGCAUGCACCAUGGCAGUACAAACACAAGAUAUGGGUAUUUCUUCAAUGAACCUCUCGGUGCUUUUGAUGCGCCGUUCUUCAACAUCCAGGCGGGCGAGGCCGAAAGCAUGGACCCACAGCAGCGCCUCCUUUUGGAAGCGACAUAUGAUGCACUCUCCUCGGCCGGGCUAGUUCAAGAUCUUCAAGGGUCUGAUACAGCUGUCUACGUUGGGCUCAUGACGCACGACUUUGAAACAAUCAAAACACAGGACAUUCAUCAUAUGCCAACUUAUUUCGCCACGGGCGUUGCCGCAAGCAUUGCCUCAAACCGAUUGUCGUAUGUUUUCGACUGGCAUGGUCCUAGUAUGACAAUUGAUACGGCUUGUAGCUCGUCUCUGGUAGCAGUCCAUCAUGCACUGCAGCAACUGAGAAGUGGCCAGAGUAAAGUCGCGGUGGCUGCCGGUGCGAAUAUGAUCAUAUCUCCGCUGAGCUAUGUUUCAGAGAGCAAACUGAAUAUGCUCUCCCCAACCGGUCGAUCGCGAAUGUGGGAUGCUGCCGCCGAUGGCUAUGCGAGAGGAGAAGGCGUUGCGGCUGUCGUUCUCAAGACGCUACGACAAGCUCUGAGUGACGGCGACCACAUCGAGAGCAUCAUCCGCGAGACAGGCGUAAACCAAGACGGCAAGACGACUGGAAUUACAAUGCCGAGCCACCUGGCACAAGAAGCAUUGAUUCGAGAGACUUAUGCAAGGGCAGGACUCGAUUUGAGUCGCACUGAUGACCGCCCUCAAUUCUUUGAAGCCCACGGGACGGGAACGCCAGCAGGCGACCCUCAAGAAGCCGAGGCUAUCGCGAACGCCUUCUUUGGGGACAAGCUGCCCGACACCACGCAGCCCCAGAAUCUGCUGGUCGGUAGUGUGAAAACGGUGAUCGGCCAUACAGAAGGGACCGCUGGACUAGCCGGCGUGCUGAAAGCUUCCUUUGCGGUCCAGCAUGGUGUGAUUCCUCCAAACCUACAUUUUGAAAAGCUCAGCCCUGCUGUACAGCCCUUCUACCAUCACCUCCGUAUCCCCACGGAAGUGCAAUGUUGGCCCCAGGUUGGACCGGGUCACCCUCGCCGAGCCAGCGUGAACUCGUUUGGUUUCGGUGGAACAAACGCACACUGCAUCAUCGAAGAGUAUGUGGGGCCCAGUGACGUAGAGAAGCAGCCCUCAAGUACUACGUACGGCAUGCCUCUCGUCUUGUCAGCCAAGUCGCAGCGUUCUCUCAAAGAAAACAUGGACGCGAUGCUCCGAUUCCUCAUGUUAAAUCCAAACAUUGACAUAGCAGAUCUAGCUUGGACAUUGACGCGCAAGCAGGCCGUGCUGCCCGUUCGUCACGCAAUCUCAAGCCACACGCGCGAGGGCGCCUGUCUCGCACUUGAGGCGGCCAUCAAGGACAACUUGGGCUUAGACUUCAGCUCCAAUCGUAGCAACAAGGGCCAACCCCAGAUUCUGGGCAUCUUUACUGGACAGGGUGUUCAGUGGCCGGGCAUGGGCAGGUCGCUUCUGGCCUCCAUCCCUUGGACGCGAGACAUCAUUGAUGAGUUGGAUAUCUCCUUGCAGACGCUUCCAGCAGAUUACCGUCCCGCGUGGACGCUCCGGGAACAGCUGUCUUGUGAAGGGGACGAGUCCAAUGCGGCGGAGGCGAGCUUCUCACAGCCACUCUGCGCUGCCGUUCAGCUCGUGCUGAUCAGGCUGCUCGAGGCUGCGGGCAUCAAGUUCACGGCUAUUGUCGGUCAUAGUUCAGGAGAGAUUGCCUGCGCGGCUGCUGCAGGAUACAUCACGCCUUCUCAGGCCAUCCGCGUCGCUUACUUGCGUGGACUAGCAGUCACCAAGUCCCACGCCGGAUCUCUCAGCGGCGCCCGGGGCGCAAUGCUCGCGGCUGAGAUCACACACAAAGACGCCAAAGAGCUGUGCGGCAUUGAGGAGUUUGAAGAACGGAUCUGCGUUGCUGCAUAUAACGCGCCCACCAGCGUGACGUUGUCUGGUGAUGCCGAUGCCUUGCAACAUGUCGAGGCCAUCCUCAAGGACGAAGGUAAAUUCGCGAGAUUCCUGCGCGUCGACAAAGCCUACCACUCUCACCAUAUGGCCCCGUGUAGCGACACAUACACCAAAGCCCUUAGAGACUCUGACUAUGCCGUCAACGCCGACUCCAAGUCGUCCGCAUCGAGCUCGCCUGUUGCAUGGUACUCGUCCGUAUACGAGGGGAGGCUCUUGAAACGUACAGACAUCACAGCAGAGUACUGGACAGCGAAUCUCGUCUCCCCAGUGCUCUUCUCGCAGGCUGUCGAGCGUGCUGUGGGCGACCACAAUGUCGCCUGUGGUGUCGAAGUGGGUGCCCAUCCUGCUCUGAAGCGACCUGCUACUGCAACCAUCCAUGCCAUUUCCAGCACGGAUCUGCCGUACACAGGGUGCAUGAAACGAGGUCAGGACGAUACGGAUGCGUUCGCGGAAGCAUUGGCCUAUCUCUGGGAACGAUUUGCCAACUUCAACAUACUCGACGCUGACCGCUUUAUGAGAACCGUGUCACCUUCAAUGAGGUCUCCUCGCAGCCUCACCAAGAUCAUUCCAAGGUAUUCAUGGGACCAUACGCGAACACAUUGGACGGAAACACGUGCUGUAAAAGCUUUUCUUGCCGGGCCAGCCCCCCAUCUCCUCCUGGGAUCCCUUCUUCCGACGACCACCGACUCGACGUUCCAAUGGCAAUCUUUCAUCAAGCCCCGGGACGACAAAUGGCUUGAGGGCCAUGACCUUCAAGGCCAACCUAUCCUCCCCGCCGCCGGCUAUGUCGUGAUGGCCAUGGAAGCAGCGCUGCACGUAGCAAGGGAGCGUGUUACGCAAGAUGUGGACGUCACUAUUCUCGAAGUACUGGAUCUGAGCAUCGACAAGGCUAUCUCAUUUGACGACAAGAACAGCAUGGCUGAGGUGCUUGUCACGCUUAAAGUGAUACACCAAGAUGUUGAGCAGCUGUCGGUGGAAUUUCGUAUCGACUCUGCUCUUGACAGAGAAAGAAAACCAUCCACUUCGGCCACUGGCCGCGUCGUCGCCACGUUUGGCCCUACCUUGACCUGCUUGCCGCAACGAGGCCUGGAUAAGCCAUUACACCCCAACAACAUCGACAUCAACAGCUUCUACAAAGAACUUCAAUUCCUGGGCCUCGACUAUACAAAUAAGUACCAUGGUGUCCACGAAUUGCGACGAGCAGACGGCAGAGCUACGGGACGGCUCUCGCAUUACCGACUUUCAAACAGUUCCUUGAGGGAGAUAAUUCUUCACCCAGCCACGCUGGAUACAGCUUUUCAGGCCAUCAUGGGCGCCUUUUCAUACCCUGGUGACAAAGCUUUGAGGUCCACGGUUGUUCCCGUGCACAUUGACAGAAUUGCCUUGGUCCCUGGAGCUUGCGCCUCCGCAUUGCGCUAUUGUGAUGAAGCCAGUGUACUAUUCAGCGCUACAUGCUCGUCCUUCAAAGACUCGAUCCUUGCUGGAGAUGUCGAAGUUUUUGAUGACAGCUCCGCUGUUCUUUUUCAAGUGGAGAAUAUCGUUCUUCAGCCACUUUACAGACCAGAGCCGUCCUCUGAUCAUCUCAUGUUCACCAAAACAGUGUGGGGCCCGUAUUCACCAGAUCGCAUCCUAGAUCGUCCAGAAUUUUGGGCUACUGAUGAGGAUAAGCGCAUGAUACCUGUCAUUGAGCGCAUUGUAUACCACUACGUGAAGAACUUUUUAAAAAAGCUCACACGGGAGGACCGCCGGAAUGCAAGUCCCGGACUGCAGAAAUACAUUCAUUGGAACGAGCAGGUGCUGGCAAAGGCUCGAAAGUGGAAGACCACUUUCUAUGAGACAAAUUGGGAGAUGGACACAAUGACUGACAUUAAAAAGCUUUGUGAGGAAGUGCGCGCGCAGCGAAGCACAUCUCGCAAGCGGAGUCUAACACCAAAAUGCAGGAAUCGGUAUCACCCCUACGUGCGCCUCAUCAAGAGGGUCAGCGAAAAUGUGAUUUCCACUAUUCGCGACAAUACGAAUCCUUUUCUUUGGAUGAACGCGGAUGGGCUGCUCAGCGAAUUCUAUGCCAGUCCUCUCAGCAAUGGGCCGUGUUGGAAUUAUGGCCAAGAUCUUGUUGGCCAAAUUUGCCAUCGUUUCCCCAACAUGAACAUCCUUGAAAUUGGCGGCGGCACGGGCUCAGCUACGCGUUACAUUCUUGAAAUUCCCCAGCUGGGUUUCAAUAGCUACACCUUUACGGACAUCUCAGCAUCCUUCUUUGAUAAGGCGCGUGAGGUCUUCUCCCAGUACAAAGACCGCAUGGACUUCCGGAAGCUCGACAUCACUCAAGAUCCAGCAAGUACCUCCCGUUUCAUUCUCCAUGUGCAGCAAGGCUUCACACCACACUCGUAUGACCUGGUUGUCGCCUCAUCUGUUCUCCACGCAACACCACAUCUCGUGGAGACUAUGACGAACGUAAGGUCUCUGCUCAAGCCGGGGGGGCACGUUGUCAUCGCAGAAGCUACGUUCAAGGAGUAUUUGCGCACAAGCUACAUCUUCGGACUCUUCCCCGAUUGGUGGUCCGGGUACGAGGACGGCCGUAUCCUCGACCCUUUUGCAUCAUACGAGGAGUGGGACAUUAUCCUGAAGCGAGCUGGGUUUUCAGGAAUCGACAGCCGCACUUCUGAUCGCGAAAGCUGGGUUUUUCAAAAUUCGCUGUUCAGUGCGCACGCCAUAAACUCCAAGGUGCAGCGGCUAGACAGCCCGCUUCUCGCGGUGCCUAGUCUACAAGAUAACGGGGCGGACAUGCCGCAGCUAAUUCUCGUUGGUGGCUGCUCUGGCCGAUCGUCAGCCUUGCUGGACAAACUUCAAGACAAAUUGGCCUACCGGCGAAUCCUACGUUUUGACUGCUUGGAAACUGUGGUCAAACAGUCAGCGCGGUUGGAGAUGGGGUCUAGUUUCGUCGUGGUAUCGGAGCUUGAUGAGGAAAUGUUCGACGAUCUUGACGAUGUCAAGCUCGAAACUGUUAAGUCGCUUUUGUCUGGUGACUACGCCAAGAUCGUCGUCUGGAUCACGGAGGCGGCUUUUACGCACAAUCCUCGCCAGGCUAUGACCAUUGGUCUCCUCCGGACGAUACAGCUCGAGAAUCCGCAGAUUCACGUCCAGAAUAUCGACAUGGACAACACUGAACAUUCAGACUAUCCCAUACUCAUCGUCGAGCACCUUAUUCAGCUUGAAGAGAUGACCAAAUCACCCGAGGACAGCAGUAGUUUGUUAUGGACCCAUGAACCCGAGAUUUACCUCGUCGACGGACGUGCUUGGAUACCUCGCGUCAAGCACGACACAGCGCGCAACAACCGCUUGAACUCUGCACGCCGUGUUAUUCUCGCGGAUGCCCAGCCAGAUCAUACUCCCAUACGCCUCCGUCUAGCUGCGAAUGGCGCGUCUUCGUAUUUUGAGUUCAUGGACACGAUGAUCAGCCCUUACUCAUCAUCUGCGCAAUCCUCAUUCUCGAGUCUGCAUGGUGAUCUGGUUCAAGUCCGGGUUCACUUUGCUCUCACCGGGGCCAUUCGCGUUGGCACUCUGGGCUUCUUCCACCUGUGCCAGGGUAUUGCUACAGAAACCAAAACACCCGUGGUAGUGCUGGCAGAUAGCAACGCUUCCGUCGUCCAUAUCCCAGCCAGCUGUGUCUUUACUUUACCGUCUGGAGACAAAUGUAUUUUGCUCCACGUUGUGGCUUCUAUCAUAAGUCAAGGAGUUCUGAGCAGCGCGGUCCCUGGUACCAGUGUACUCGUGUUUGAUGCACCGCGGUUCUGUGUGGAUGCCAUUGCAAAACAAGCCAAGGAGAAGAAUGCCCAGAUUCGCUUUGCUACCAGCCAAAAACCAACUGGGAUAGAGCUCAGCUCAACUUUCUCAUCGACUCACCUAGAUUCAUGGGUAUCGGAAAGGGCGCUCAAGAAAAUGAUCACUACGACAGCGUCUAUCUAUUGCGAUUUUUCACCUGCGACCGAGAACAAAACCGUUACCCUCGGCCGUCGCCUGGCCAAGAUACAACCACCACAUUGUGCAAAGUACUGCCUUGCUCACUUUUUCGCAGAACGUGGGUCCGCCACGUUGUAUGGAGAUGCUCACUGUCGUGACUUUGCUAUGGCUGUUGAGCAGGCUGUUCUCGCAUCCUCAGGAGCUACCAGUGAUCACAUCAUGGGAGGGACAGCAAUCAUCAAGGUUGCUGAUAUACAGCACCACAAAGCCCCCAUGGACCUCGCCACCAUUGUUGACUGGAGGCACGAUGGCAAAAUUCAAGCCCGGCUUCGUCCUAUUGACGCGGGGAGCUUGCUCGCUCCAGACAAGACCUACCUUCUUGCGGGACUUGCCAAAACGAUGGGCCGAUCAUUGGCCCGAUGGAUUGUUUCACAUGGUGGUCGCUAUGUUGUUCUAUCUAGUCGUCACCCAGAAGUCCCAGACCGCAGAUGGAUCGAAGAGAUGGAAGAUCUUGGCGGUCAUGUUACAAUUUUACCCAUGGAUGUGUCCAACGAGAAAGACGUAGAUGCGGGUCUGUCCAAGAUUCGCGAUACUUUGCCACCAAUAGGAGGAAUCGCUUAUGGCCCUUUGGUCCUCCACGACACGAUGCUCCAGAAUAUGAGCUUGGCGGAUAUGAAUUUGGUGCUGAAUUCCAAGGUUGUUGGCGCGCGUCUUCUCCACGAACGAUUUUGUGAUGCAAACGCAGAAACACAGUUGGAAUUCUUCGUCAUGUUCUCAUCCGGGGCCACUGUGGGCGGCAAUCCCGGUCAGAGCAACUAUAACGCGGCCAAUGCUUAUUUGCAAGCCCUCGCACAGCACCGGCGGACAAAGGGACUGACGGCCUCAACGAUCCAUGUGGGCGCCGUGAUGGGCGUCGGAUAUCUUGCCCGAACCCAUUUUGACGAGCAACUUCUCAAAGUCCACGACAUGGGCAAGCUCGCAGAAGGAGAUUUCCACACUCUAUUUGCCGAAGCCAUCGUCUCAGGGCAAGGCGUACUUGGGCAGGACGAGAGCAACUCCAUCCGUAUGUCCGUUACUGAUAUGUCCGACAUUGAGGUCAUAACGGGCUUCCCGGUAUUCGAGGCAAAGCACAAAAAUUCCUUCAAGUUGUGGGAUAACCCUCGAUUUGGCCAUCUUCGGACACCCGAAAACCAAUUAGGUCAUGUGGGCCAAGGGUCCUUAGCAAGCAGGGUUUCGAUCAAGGACCGACUGCGCGAAGCAGCAACUAUGGAAGAGGCCAAAAAGGCUACCAUAGAGAACACAGCUCUAACGUUUGUGGUUUAUCAAGAUGGGCUCGCCCAGAAGACGCGCGACAUCCUCCUUAUCCCUGCGGAUCAAAGUGUUAAUCCCAGUGCCGCACUCCUUGACCAGGGCAUAGACUCGCUCGGUGCUGUCGCAGUAUCCGGAUGGUAUGUGAGAGAGAUUCACCCCAUCACCAGGGUAGACGCAACCCAUCAACUUAUACUACUCUUCCCCAUUCAUCGUCUACGCAUCCAUUCACGUUUAUCAAGCAGUGGCGCUGGGACUUUCAGGUUCUCCCAAGAACUGUUGGUCGAUAUACCCAUUUUGCGAGUGCUCAGUGGUGCUUCUCUCGAAGACCUUGCUGAGGAAGCCGUCAAACGCCUUCCACGUGACGCUAUACCUCUGAUUGCUCCCGACACAGAAUGCUGCCAGCCAGAGGCGAUGGCAGGGUCCACCAGCCAGAGCACGGCUUCGAGCAGCGCAGACUUAUCAUUGUCAUUUGAUAAGCUGGCAGUGGAUUCUUUCGGGAGCAGCGUGACCUCGUACGCAAGCGGCGAAGAUCAAGCCAGCGCAACGACCUUGCGUCGGCAUCCCCUGUCGCUAGGGCAGGCGUACUCAUGGAAACUGCAACAGCAGCUCUCGUACGAUCGUACCAUCUUCCAUAACACUAUCGCCUACCUGUUCGAAGGCUACAUAGAUUUGCAACGACUCGGCACUGCCGUGGACGAAGUGCUACGCAGGCACGAGAUUCUUCGCACUGCGUUUCUCACUGACCUCGAGCCCAAUAAGGGCGAUGGUCUAGGCCAAGUUAUACUGGAGACACCAACAUUGAGUUUGAAUUGCACAACGGUCGCUAAUCAAGCCGUGGCCGAGGAGGCUUUGAAGCAGCUGCACGAGGAGGCUUACGACCUUGAGUCUGGCAGGCCAUUCAAAAUUGUCGAUUUCCACUGGUCGUCAGCCCAUCAUCAUCUUCUCGUGAUCGCCUAUCAUCGGCUCGCUGGGGACGGCGCGACCACAUCUGUGCUCCUCUCUGAGAUCUCUGCCGUCUACAACGGCGCGGUACUCCCUAUCACUGUUCCACAGUUCUCCAAGAUUGCUAACAAGCAGCGCGCCGACUAUGAGCAGGGACGGUUGGAUUCUGACAUCGCCUACUGGAUUACCCAGUACAAGAACAACGUGGUGCCCAUCACGCCCGUUCUUAGCCUCCCACAUUGCCAGCACUCCGACAGGAGCAAUAGCCCCCCAUUAUCUUGGUCUCAACACACAGGCGUCUUCCGCCUCAACUCGGCCGUCUCCGCACAAGUCAAUGAGGCGGUGCGGCGGCAAAAGGUCCCGCGCAUGCAGUUUUUCAUGACAGUCUACGCUGCACUCCUGGCCCAAUUAACGAACAAGACGAGCAUUGGUGAGACCGAAGCCACCAAGAGCGACGACGACGACGACGACGACGACACAAGAAUGAUAACCAUUGGAGUCGCAGACAUGAACCGCGCUACGGUGGAGGAGAUAGCCGCGAUGGGCUUCUUUGCCAAUUUGUUGCCUGUACGCAUAGAGACAAGAGAAAGAGGAGGCAGAUCAUCGUUGAGUCCUAUCCAACAGCUCGGUGUCGUCAAGAAGGCGAUGCGCGGGGCAAUGCAGCACGCGCGCGUACCGUACAGUGUGUUGCUGGAGCGGUUGCCAGUGGUCCCGAGUCCCGAAGUACUUGCCAAAGACUGGCCGCAUGCGCCACUAUUCCAGGCUGUGUUCGACUACGCUGGGGGUGAGGUUGAGAGCGUUCGCAUUGGCAACGCAGUCAUCACAGAGCAAGGCGGCUUGCAGGCUUCUGAGCUUGUUUCGCGCGAACGAACGCCGUAUGACGUGGUGCUUGAAAUUUGGGACGAUGCAAAGCGCGAUCCACUGGUGAUUGUAAAGUUGCAGUCUUCUCUUUAUGGUUCCAAGGACGUUGCCGUUUUCCACAAUGCAUUCGUUGAGCUUUUGACAACAUACUCGACGGAUCUGAUGGUACUGUAA